AUGGAAGUGAGAGAAUCGCGCAGAGCUCAGCGUCGGUUAGGGUUCUUCUGCCUCGUUGCGGCUCUGGUUUCGAUCGCCACCGUGGACGCCUCCGUCCACAACUACUUCAACGAGGCCUUCACCUCCCGCUCCAACGCCUUCUUCUUCCACAGCGGCAGCGAGGGCCUCCGCACCCCCCGGUCCGCGAUCCCGCCUUCCUCCUCCACGACGUUGUCUCCCAACAUCACGACCGGCCCCAAGGGGAAGUCCUUCAUCAGGUGUGGAUUCCUUCAUUUUGGUGGUUUGCUGGGUACCAUAAUUAAAGGGAGGACAGUAUGGAGAAAUCCGAGUGGUUAUUUGCCUGGAAAAAUGGUUCCUUUGAUGGUAGUGUUUGGUUUAAUGUCAUUGGCUUACCUUGUACUUGGACUUAUAUGGUUUUUGAAGUUCGUUCAACACUGGAAGGAUGUCAUACAAUUGCAUUACCACAUAACUGCAGUUAUUGCUCUUGGAAUGUGUGAAUCGGCUCUCUGGUACUUUGAAUAUUCCAACUUAAACUCCACUGGAAGAAGACCGAUGGGCAUCACGAUGUGGGCUGUCACUUUUACUGCAGUAAAGACAACAUUCUCGAGACUUCUCUUAUUGGUAGUGUCAAUGGGUUAUGGAGUGGUGAGACCUACCCUUGGGGGCAUAACCUCAAGAGUGCUUUUUGGUGGAGCAUAUCGAGUUGCAUCCGAGUCGUAUGAACUCGUUGAACAUCUUGGGAAUAUCAAUGACUUCUCUGGAAAGACAGCAUUGUUUCUGGUCUUGCUCGUUAGAUUGCUGGAUGCUUGCUUUAUAUUAUGGAUCUUUUCAUCAUUAUCCAAAACUCUGGAGCAGCUUCAGGUACUUGUGCUCUGUUUACUUGGGUAG